AUGGGGGACGCUGGUAACUACGAGCUCGACCAGCCACAAGGAAAGCUGGAUGUAGAGUCCUUGCUCUCACAGUUAACACUUACCGAAAAGGUUGCCCUCACAGCAGGCAAAGAUUUCUGGCAUACGAACCCAAUUCCGAGGUUAUCCAUACCAUCAAUCAGGCUUUCUGACGGACCGAACGGUGUCAGAGGCACACGGUUCUUCGAUGGAACACCCUCAGCAUGUCUUCCUUGCGGGACUGCAAUCGGAGCAACUUUCGAUGAGUCUCUCGCACGUCAGCUCGGUCGCCUUCUCGGUGAUGAAGCCAAAGCCAAAGGUGCACACGUUUUGUUAGGGCCAACCAUUAAUAUUCAGAGAUCGCCACUUGGAGGACGAGGUUUUGAAUCAUACUCCGAAGACCCAUUUCUCUCAGGGGUGAUUGCUGGUAAUUAUUGCAAAGGUGUUCAAGACAAGGAUAUCGUUCCAACUUUGAAGCAUUUUGUCUGCAAUGAUCAAGAGCACGAGAGAAUGGCGGUUAAUGCCAUUGUCACGGAACGCGCCUUGCGCGAGAUCUACCUGGCCCCUUUUCAAACUGCCAUCAAGCUGGCACAACCUGGUGCCGUUAUGUCAGCAUACAACAAGGUCAAUGGCACGCAUGCGUCCGAAAAUAAGCGUCUUCUCGAGGAUAUUCUUCGGAAGGAGUGGGCUUGGGAUGGUCUGGUCAUGAGCGAUUGGUUUGGUACCUACAGCACCACCGAAGCAAUUGAGGCUGGACUCGAUCUUGAAAUGCCCGGAUCUACCAGGUUUCGAGGGGCAGCUCUGACCCACGCAGUCUCAUCCAACAAGGUCAAGGAGACGGAGCUCGACAACCGCGUGCGCAACGUUCUGAACUUGAUCAACAAAACUCGCGCUGCUGCAAUACCAGAGGAUGCGCCCGAAACUGAGCUAAACCGGCCAUCAGACCGGGCGUUGAUGCGUCAAGCAGCAGCUGAAGCCAUUGUUCUGCUAAAGAAUGAGGACAAUAACCUACCCCUAAAGAAGGAGAAGCCAAUACUUGUUAUCGGACCUAAUGCAAAGAUUGCAACAUACUGUGGAGGGGGAAGUGCAUCGCUGAGACCAUAUGCGGCAGUCACACCCUUUGAUGGCAUUGUCUCACAAUCAACAUCCGAUGUUUUGUUCACGCAAGGAGCAUUCGCGCAUAAGCUCCUUCCUGAGGUUGGAUCAAGUUUACGGACUGAAGAUGGUAAAGUUGGAUUUUCUCUCAAAGUCUUCAAUGAGCCACAUGGAUCAAGCCAUCGGACCCUGAUCGAGGAGCGACAUCUUACCGAUGCCAAUAUGUGGUUUAUCGACUUUGCAAACCCCAAACUAAACAAGACUUGGUAUGCAGACAUCCAGGGUAUCUUUACUCCAGAUGAGUCCGCAGAUUAUGAUUUCGGCCUAUCCGUGCAUGGCACAGGGCGACUGUUCAUUAAUGAACAGUUGGUGGUGUCGAACAUGGAGAAUCAGAAACCAGGGUCGGCGUUCCUGGGUUCCGGUACUGUUGAAGAGAAGGGUACCGUCCGUCUUGAGCAAGGUCACCACUAUAAACUGCUUGUACAGUGGGGCUGCGCCGAGACAUCACAGCUGAAACAAGGCGGACUUGUCGACUUUGGUCAAGGUGGUGUACGCAUAGGCUCUGCAGUUAGCUUGUCUCGAGAGCAAGCGAUUGCUGAUGCCGCCAAACUCGCAAAACAAGCCGAGCAAGUCGUCAUCUUUGCAGGCUUGACUGGAGAAUGGGAAUCUGAGGGGUAUGAUCGAGAGAAUAUGGAUCUCCCUCCUGGUACCGAUGACCUGAUAUCUCAUGUCCUUGAUGCCAACCCGAACAGUGUUGUUGUCAUUCAAAGCGGCACGCCCGUAGGAAUGCCUUGGAUCAAUAAAGCUAAAUCUGUCCUUCAUGCAUGGUUCGGAGGCAAUGAGACAGGAAAUGGGCUUGCUGACGUGAUUUAUGGUACUGUCAACCCUUCCGCAAAGCUACCUUUGACAAUCCCAAAACGUGUCAGCGACAAUCCUGCAUUCUUGAAUUACCGUUCUGAAGGUGGCCGAACCCUGUACGGAGAAGACAUCUAUGUCGGUUAUAGAUGGUACGACAAAGUUGGCAUCGAGCCACUAUUUCCUUUCGGUCACGGUCUCAGCUAUACGGACUUCAAAAUCGAGUCCCUGUCGAUCGUGGAUCAUGGAACAGAAAAGGUCUGCAAGGUGAAUGUGACAAACACCGGGUCUGUUGCAGGUGCAGAGGUCGUACAAGCCUACAUAAGCCCGCCUAAAGCUUCUGAUACAGCGAGUGGAAUUCAACGCGCCACCAAAGAACUGAGAGGCUUCAACAAGAUCUACCUGGAGGCCAAGCAGGCUCGAGAAGUGGCUAUUCCUAUUGAUGUGCUCCGCGCAACGAGCUUCUGGGAUGAGGCGAGGAACAGUUGGUGCUCAGAGAAGGGCACAUAUAAAGUCUUGGUCGGAUCAAGUUCUCAAGGUCCGUUUUUGGAAACAGAACUUGAGGUUUCCAAGACUCAAUGGUGGAAUGGAUUGUGA